AUGAAGCCGGUGGUCGCGUCGUUGGCCGUGCUGGCCGUCGUUGGCGUUGGCAUGUUGUUGCAGGUGGCCCUCGCCCAGGACAGCCCCGACAGCCCCGAAAACCCCGAAAUCCGCGAGGCCAACACGACCCUUAGCCGGCAAAAGCGUCAAUUUGGAUGCCCGGCCGGGUGCUACUCGUCGUGCAACAACAACCAGCAGUGCCAGCAGUACUCCCUGCAGGCCGUUUGCGUCCAGGGCUGCUGCUGCGGCUCCACCACCACCCUAGCCACCGCCUGCUCCGGCGGCCCAGCUGUUGCCGCGUGCCUCGGCGGUCUCUGCGGCCAGGGCUACUACUGCUCCUCCAACAACUACUGCUGCCGAUGCGCGUCCGGCAACUCCACCGGCCCGUGCGUCAACAAGGUGUGCCCCACCGGAUACGUCUGCAACACGAACGACUACUGCUGCCCCUUGGGCUCGGGAGCCGUCCUUGGCCCGUGCGUCAACGGCGUCUGCCCCACCGGAUACACCUGCGGAGCCGGCAAUCUCUGCUAUCUGACGACGCUCGGU